AUGAACGACGGCGGUCCGGAGGCGGCGCCGCUGGAGUUCCCCUCGGCGGAGUGGCGGCGCGUCUACUACCGGCUCCAGGGGCUGCUGCCGCGGGCGGAGGCGAGCAGGGAGAGGUGGAAGGCGGCCUACUCCGAGCUUCCUCCCGGUGCCAAUCCCAAGCUCGCCGAACUUCAAGAGCGUGACUUGGCGGAUUCCGAAGCCCGUGAAGCUCUUCCUGAUGCCGACAACUCUCAACUGGAGGAGACUAGUCAAAAGCGCAGGAAGCUUACCAAUGGGGAGACUAGUCAAAAAAAGCGCACGAAGCUUACCAAUGGGGAGACUAGUAAAGAAAAGCGCCUGAAGCUUACCAAUGAGAUGCAUCUUCAACGGUGCACGAUGCAGAUCUUUGUCAAGAUCAACUGUUCAAUUUUUCGCAAAAAUAGAAAGACCCACUGUUUAAAGACAAUCACUCUUGAGGUCAUGAGAUCAAAUAUGAUCUACGGUGUCAAGGAAAAGAUACAAGACAAGGAGGGCAUCCCUGCAGUCCAGCAGAGACUCAUGUUUGGCAGUGAGCUGCUGGUGGACAGCUGCAGCCUGGAGGACUACAACAUCGAGGAGGAGUCCACCCUCACCCUUGACCUUGUUCCCCAAGGGAUGCAUAUCUUUAUCAGGGCACGGAGUGGCAAGAUCAUGACUAUUGGUGUUGACGGAGAAGAUAGCCUGUACAGUGUCAAGGCAAAGUUUUUCGAUGAAACCGGCAUCCCCCCAGGCAGACAGCGUCUCUUCUUUGCCGGGAAGCAGCUGGAGGAUGGCCGCACCUUGGCUGACUACGACGUGCAAAAUGAAUCUACCCUUCAUGUUGCGUUUCGCGGCAUCACGCGUCGGAGCGGUCAGAUGCGCAUCUCUGUCAGGACGGUGACCAGGAAGAAAGUCAUUGAACGUGCGAUGAAGCGCAGGCAGGCCGUUGACAACAUCAAAGCGUGGAUCUACUCUGAGUUGUGCAUUCUCCCGGAGGAGCAGCAGCUCUCUGGCGAGGACGGCGCCCCCUUGGCGGAAGUGAUCCGUCGUUCGUGCAUCGUUGUUCUGCAGAUCCGUCCUCCUGGUGAAUCCCUAAACAAUAUAGAUGCAGAGGAAAAUUGGAUCACUACAACUUUUGCUUGUCUCAUGCAUCAAAUUAUUCAAGGAGAGCACGUCGUACAAGGAUCUGACAGCAAGAACACAAUGUACGGAAGCACUAUGUUUGAUUUUGUUUCAAAUGCUUCCAUCUCAAUGCAACUGAAAGAAACUGUAAGUCAUGUAGAGCUUACUCAAAACGAUUCUGCUCACGAGGACAUCGCAAGAGAUUUUCGAGCAGAGAUAAACAAGUUAAAAGAAGUGGAGGCAGCAAAAGCUACUGAAGCAGCACAAACCCUUCAGCAGAGCAUAGAUGAGCUGCAAGUGGUAGACAGAGAGAAGGAUGACGAGAUUGACAGAUUGAGAGCAGAAGCAGUUGAUGCAGAAAACAAGGAGACUAGUCCAAAGAAGAGUCAAAAGCGCAGGAGGAAUACCAGUGAGUUGCAGCUUGAACAGUGCACAGUUCAUGAUCCAUUGUCUGUCUCUUCACUAGCAUUCUCCACGGUGUCUCUGAAGAUCACACCUGCAACCAUUGUUCACGUAUGCAGUGGGUGCAGAUACAGCAGCAGCAGGUCGCCGGCCACAGCAGAAGCAGCAGCAGCAGCAGCAGUAGCUUGUCGCGGCUGUGGGUAA